UUAUAUAUUGUUAUAUAUGGAAAAUUUUUUCUCGGGCAAUGUUUCAAAAAACUGAUUUAACGUUUCUUGCUUACUGAAAAAGGUAUCUUUUAAAUGUAACACACAAGGCCUUUUGAGUCUUCAAGAGAAAAGCUCACUACACUAUAAUGCAACACGAGUACUUUGCGAGAAACGAUAUGAAAAAGUUUCUAAAAUACUCCAAAGUCGCGCACUGCAGUGCGAGAUUAUAACUGAAGCUCAUUAGCGAUAAAAUAUGCAUAUCGCGUUAAUUAGAUAAAUGCAUCGUCGUUAAGAGCACACAAUUCUUCGCUUCCAUGCUGAAAAAGAAUACAUUAACGCAAUGUCUCUUAAUCCUCCUGAUGUAGCCUUGAAAUGAAUGAAACUUGAAGGAAGCCUCUCGCUUAUUCUCCAUAAUCCGAAAAUCCACGCUGGAUUUCCUUUGAAAGCGAGCUUUUGAAGCAGAACGAAAUCCUCUAAAAGGCAAAUUUCAUGCUACCAAAGAUUCAAAUUUCGCUCCCGCGGAACGAACACCUGCGCACUGUAAACCCUUUGAACGCGAUCGGGGGCACUCUGCCUGCUCACGCCGGCCCUGCGCGCCUCCGCCGCGGGCGAGCACGCAGGUGUAGACGGGCUGGACGCUGGUGCAGCACCGCGGGGGCAGUAUGGCCGCCGGCGGCGCAGUGGUGCGCGAGUGACAGAUACGUGAUCAUCCGCUCGACGUUCGCCGCAACCCCGAGGCGUCCGCGCGCGCCGCGCGAAACCGCGAGUGGUAGAAUGAUCGUUCCUAACUGAGAGAAGGAAAGAGAGAGAGAUAUACACACACAUAGAGCGUUGGUGCGACGAAGAGAAAGCAAGAGAGAGAGAGUGAGUGAGAAGGAACGAGAGAGAGGAGGAGGAGAAGGAUAAGGAGAACGAGCGGUAAACCGCCACUAUCCCCGGCGCCGGUGUGAUGAUCAAGGAUAUGGCGGACGAUGAGGCCAUACAGGCCACCAACGACGACGCCAGCGAGUGCAAGCGCUGCGCGGUCACGCUCGGCUACUGGUGCGACCCGUUCAUCAGCCUGUUCGUGAAGCAGACCACGCGGAAGGCGCCCGAGAUCAAUCGCGGUUACUAUGCCAGAGUCAAGGGCAUCGAGCUCUUCGUCGACAAGUUCCUCAAGCUGUCUGGCGGUAAAGGGCAGAUCAUAAACUUGGGUGCUGGCUUUGACACACUCUACUGGAGGCUCAGGAAGGCCGGGAACAGUCCGGCGAACUUCGUCGAGCUCGACUUUCCCAGCAUCACCGCCAAGAAGUGCUACCACAUCAAGAAGCACAAGCAACUGAUCGAUAUGCUAAACACCGAAGAUGGAGAAAUUCGAUUUUCCACCACAGACCUGCACGCCGCGAACUAUCACCUGGUUGGUACAGAUCUGCGACACAUAGCGGAGCUAAAUAACAAAUUGACUCAGGCCGAGGUCAAUUACAAUUUACCCACCAUGUUCCUGGCAGAAUGUGUUCUAGUUUACAUAGACGCCAGCGCGACCUCGUCACUACUGAAAUGGCUGGCGAUGAAGUUCCCGAACAGUCUCUUCGUCAACUACGAACAAGUGAACAUGAAAGACAAGUUCGGCCAAGUCAUGUUGUCGAAUCUGCGCAGCCGUGGCUGCUUAUUGGCGGGCGUGGAGGACUGUGAGUCGUUAGAGACCCAACAGAGACGAUUCACCAUGAACAACUGGGAGGGCUCGAACGCAUGGACGAUGGUGGAGAUAUACGAUUCACUGCCUGAGAUGGACCGUAGUCAAAUCGAGCACAUAGAGAUGCUGGACGAACGGGAGCUCCUCACCCAGCUGCUCCAGCACUACUGCAUCGCCAUCGCUUGGAACGGACAAACGUUGAAAAAUUUGUCUAUAGCGCAGGGUUAGUUACGCACACGAUCGACUCCUCACGCGCUCCCCCCCCCUCCCCCGCUCCCCCUCUCUCUGUCUCUCGCGAGUUACUCCAGGUAGUGAUGUUGUAUAAUUCAGACUCGACAAGAGCCCAUAAGAGAGUUACGUAAUCUUGCCCUCCCCUGAACGACCGCGGGAGAAAUCAACGUUUUUUCACGUUACGCUUUAGAUACGUCUUGAUUGGAAAGCGAUAAGUUGCGAUAUGUAGUCUCGCGACACACGGAGAGACGCGGUCCGAGAGACGGGCGCGUCGAAGAGGACGCGGAGUCUUUUGCUCGGACCUUCGUCCGUCACCGUGAGAGCUCGCCGCGAUCGAUUUUUUUCUAUACGCUUCGAGUGUGUUCUUUGUCCUCCGCUAAAAACACGCACCGUAUACGUAAACACAUACAUAUACACAUACACUUCAUGAGUAUAUACAUAAAUAUCUAUUUUUUAACGGAUAUGUACUGCGAGCGAGAUCAGUCGCGACUCUUUCGGUGUUGAAUCGCGCGUAUGUGGCUGCUAAUGCGAUUAGACGAGAGGGUGAAACGUUCGGAUAAGCUCCGCUAUUUGUCUCGUGGAUGAGAUCUCCAGAGUCAUCUCCUGAUUUUCGCGUUCGACAUAUCUAAAUUGUGUACCACGUAAUGUGUAACGACUCCAUCCGCAAGAGGCGCUCGGGAACUCGCGCGGUGUCUCGUCUCGCUCUCCCCUGCUGCGGAUCUCUUUAUGUGUAUAAAGUUACGGUCUCGUUAUUAUAAUUAUUAUAGAUCGUUAUAUUGUUACACAUUGUGGCCAAACGGCGCGGAAUGACGCGCGGAGUAAUUUAUUACAUAUUACGAGAUUAUAUAUCCCCACGUGCGCGAGAAAUGUGUCGCGAAGAACCAACGGCAUUUCGAGCGCGCUUCGAAACUACGUUCCCAACUACUUCGCUUAUUAUCCGAAAAACGCUCUAUAUACAUACAUAUAUAUAUAUAUAUAUAUAUAUAUAUAUAUAUAUAUAUAUAUCUAUAUUUUUGAUCUUUCAUUGCAAACACACAUACUCACUCAUACACACGUACAUAAAGGUAUUUUUCUGAUACACUGAUAUAUAGAAUUCCGAUCCCACGAAAGUCUUAAUAUAUGGUACUUGAGAGAUGUUAUCACAAAUUAUUCCGUACGCGCGGUCCUUUCCCAUCCGAUCUUUAAGUGUACAUUAAGUAUCUAGAGAUUAUGAAUUAUUCGAUCUCUCGCGAUGUAAGGCAAUUAGUAAUUACGAACCGUAAGCGACUAGGUUUUCGUACGGGCGUUGCCUACGAGCGAAGAGUGAUUAUUUAAGGUAAUAAAAAAAAAUGCAAACACAUAAACAAACAAAAGUAAAGUGCAACGAAAGUAAGAUUUUAAGUAUCGGACGCGAGAUAAGAGUAGAGACGUGGCGAGAAGAGGGAAGAUUGACGAAACGGCGAAAAAUCGAGUACCGAUGAUCGCGCGUAUCGUUGCGGACAUCAGCCUCUGGAAGAUCGGCGAUAUAUUUUCCGAAUUGAUUUUCUUCGCGUUCGCUCGUAGAUCGUAUACAGGGAGACAGGGAUGCAGAUCUCUCGUAUACGUAUCAGGACCACUAUGUAUGUACUUAACAUGAGAAAUUCUUUGGGACAUCCUAAGGUGAAAGUUUAAAUACGAAAAUGGUAAGGCUGCAAUGAUUUUUCAAUUAUAAGCAAUUAAAGUUGACUAAUCGUAUUAUAAGUACAAAAAUAUUUUUUAUUUUUUUAUUUAUGCAUCAUUUGAUCUAAUAGGGGUGGACAAAUAAUAGAAUGAAUAUCGACGUCGAUUUGACAUAUAACUUGACAGUAGAUUGACAGUAGAAGCUGAGCAAGAUUUGCAGUGUUUUCCAUUUAAAUAUAUUUAAAUAGUGAUGAAAUGACAAAUUCUGCUCGGCUUCUGUAGUCAAUCUGUUAUACUCUGUUAUCAAAUCCUGUUGUAUUUCUAUUAACAUGCUGCCGACAAAAUUUACACCAAACUGUGCAAAAUCUGUUAUUAUAGGUCUGGCUAUUUGAGUCACGAUAACAUCUUUGUCACCAUCUGUGUUGCAAUAUUUGAGCACGAGAAAUGCCAAUCGUAUAAUCAGACAACUUUAAUCGCUUACAAUUUAAAAAUUAUUAUAGCCUCAUCAUCAUUUUCGUACUUGAAUUUUCGUUUUAGAAUGUCCCAAAGAAUCUGUCAUGUUAAGGACGCACGGUGGUGCUGGGACACCCUGUAUAUAUCGAACACGCUCACUUUCGCUCGCACUCGCGAAGUAAAACACGCGUGCCGAUGUUCUUCGAAAGUUCAAGUCCGAUCGUUCGACGUUUUGCUUUGUCAAUAGAAGACAGAAAAAAGAAACACAAAGAUACAUUAACAAGAGGAAAAGAAAACAUACGUGUGUCAUAGCGGCGUUCUGCUUCUUUUCAACACCAAGUACGAGUACAUUACACUUAUAAGCAGGUUGUAGAACAGUAGUAGCGGAAGGAUGACAAAGGUUUAUUUUCGUAUCGAGGAAUAAUCAGGGUUACGCAUGUGUGUACUCAGUCUAAGGAUAAUACGAAGAGAUUAUAUAAGCUUCUACGACAAAUUCGAGUCGCUCCUCCGUAAGUGUACAACGAGAGGCGCGCAAGAAGAACUUUGUAAGGCUGGAUCUACAAUAAGCCCGCAGAAUAUUUAAGACAUCUCAACCCUUUAAGGCCCAUACAGCGAUCCCAUUGGAGUAAAAUGUUGUAAUUUACAAGAUUGUCUUAAAAGACGUUCCCGAUAAAAAUUGUGUUGUCCGAAUAACAUUGGCUGUCGAGAAGUACGAUUUUCUGAAUGUACACAAUUGUGUACAUGUAUAUUGGACGUUUAAGGUGUAAAAAUAAGAGAAUAUUAAAAUUGCUUUAUUUAAGAGACAUUUAUUUUUCGGUUGUUUAUAACACAGUCGUUGAAGAACAUCGAACGAAAUUUUUAUAAAUAUAACAUACUUAUGUUUUUUUAACAAAUAACUUUACAUUCUUAUGUAAAUUGGGCCUUAAAGGGUUAAGAUGUCGGGAUAAAAACGUCUAAAGGAUGGUUUUGAAAACGUCUCUUAGACACAUACCUGUUAUGCGGGAGUAUAGUAAGCCAUUAGACUUUUGCUUUAAGCGCUAAAUUGUAACAUAAUUUUUAGUAAGAAGAAUUUCCAGCGCCGCCAGAUGUUGUAAUUCUUAAGAUUUCAGCGUUAUUAUGAUCUUUAGCAGCCUUUUGUCGAGAAAUGUCUUUUGCCGGAAAUUACGAUAUAUUUUAUCGCUUGGAGCAAAAGGUUAAGGAAUAAAGCCCAUUUUACAAUAGUGAUAAGAGUAUACAAUAAGACGUGAGCAGUAAGCUAAUUGACCAAUUGGAUUCUUACGGCCCAAGAUCUAGUCAGGAGCACACACGUUGAGUCGAAUUUGAUUCGACGUUGAAACGGUUGAUGAUUCGUUGAGUUAAAAGAAAGAAAGUAGAUUUUGCUACAAUAUUAAUUUAUGUGAUUUUUAAUAUUUCGUAAUUUAUAUCAUUUAUUUAAACGGACUAUUAUUAUUAUCCUUGAUCGUUAUUAUCAGUCAUUAAUAAAGCAAUUCAAAAAAAGUAUCAAUGAUAAAUAAAUAAAUAAAUAAAUACUAAAAAUUUUUCUCUAACUUUUCCAAACAAAUACUUUUUAUCUUUAAAUAUAAGAUUAUAAAUACAUUUCUAUCUUCCAAUUUCGUUGCAAAUUAUAUCUUAUCAAUAGUGGGUUUGAGCUUACAAAGCAAAUUCUUUCUCCUUUCGAGACACAAUUAAAUUCAAUGUUGAAGCGAUGUUGAAAUUGCAGUCGAAGACGCGUCUAUAUUUAUACGUUUUCCAUGUCGAAUCAAACCGAAUCUCGACAUUGGGUUCUUGAUUCGACGUCGAAUAAGCUGCAUGUUUUUGACUGAGUAGAAUAAUCGACUGUGGUUGGUCAAUUUGCUUACCGCUUACUUCAUACCGCGUACUCUUACGGUGAUUUAUACUCUUAUCGCAAAAUGAGGUUCGUUAUUGCAGAUCCGGACUAAUGCACGCAAAACCCGGACUUGAUCGUCGCGUCCGCUCGCGAGGCGCGUUCGUCGGAAUCGACGAUAGUCGUGUGACAAUAGAGGAGAAUUGAUUGUUUUUCGGACGGCCUACCGAGAUAGCUGUCUUUAGUCGGAAUAGCUGCGCGUGUAGCGAUACUGUUGUGUAAAACUGUGUAUGCUGUAUAUAGCGGCGUGUGUUGUGUGAUGUGCGAUUCCGACGAUCGCGCCUUCCGAAGAGCGCGACAACGAGGUCCCACUCGCACGUUGAGUGUUUCCACGAAGUUAUCAUCACUUUUCGUCACCUGGUUUCGUCCGUUUCUCGCUUUUAGCGUAACACGAACAACGGCAACUUUUAUUAAACCUAAGCGACGAUACAUGGGAACGCAGAGCCGGUGAGGAGGAGACGAUCGAGCUACGACUCCGUCGGGGAAUGCACGACUCGGUGUUCUCCCUCGGUCUCUCUUUGAGAGAAUCUCCCUUCAACCGACUAAGAUUAUAAUACCUGGAGUAACGAACGUGCAAAGAGGAUAGUCAGAUGUUCUAUUUUUCUCAGAGGUUACACACAAAUCGCAGCCAUUGUUACGAUGUCUAUCAACGUUCGUAGGUAAACCCACGCCUCCCUCGCCGCCUUCCCAUUGUCGCCUUCUUUGCACUCGUAGGCAAGACCUCUGUGAAGUCGAUCCCACUUUUUCGAGAUUUGAAAAAAAAAUUACCAAAGUCCUGGUUGCUCCCCAAAGAGUUUUUAAUCGAUUUUAGAAAUAUUCCAUCGAUUAAAGUGGUUGAAUCAUCAUGUGAAAAGGGGAGGCCAAUUUCACGAUUGUGUAACUUCAAAAUGCCAUUUUAUACCUUAAAUUUUGGGAUAAUCGAUAGAAUUCUUUGGAGGACUACCAGAGCUCUCAACAUAACGCUAAAAUUUCGAACAAAUCUUCACCCUUUUAAAGAAAAUCACACACCGACGUUUUUUUUUACCGACAUGUCCCAUGUUCUACUCUGAUGGGAAUAUUUUGCUCCAAGCAGUAUGGAAUCGAUGAAAAAUUAAAUGAAAGUUAUUGAAAAAUUACUGAAGAUAUUUUAAAAUGAAUCAAUUUUCCUUGUGAAGUUUUAUGUAAUACUGUGAAAUAUAAGGAAAGUUAAAUUAUACUGUUAAAAUAUAAUAACAAAUUUUUUGAAAUACUAGACCUGAAAUUUAUUGAAUUUA